AUGGCAUUGGUGCUCGCAAAUGAAAAUAUUAAUUAUGAAGAGUCGUUCAUCACAACUUCUCAAGGAUUAAAACUUUUCAGUUGCAAAUGGAUUCCGAUGAACAAAGAACCGAAAGCUUUGAUCUUCAUUUGCCAUGGAUAUGCCAUGGAGUGCAGUAUCACCAUGAGCAGCACUGCAAUUAGGCUUGUGACAGAAGGAUUUGCAGUUUAUGGCAUAGAUUACCAAGGCCAUGGAAAAUCAACUGGAUUGGUUGCUUAUAUAGAAAACUUUGAUGAUAUUGUCAAUGAUUGCAAUGAUUAUUUCACAAGUGUAUGUGAGAAGGAAGAGAAUAGAGGGAAGAUGAGAUAUUUGUUAGGGGAAUCCAUGGGAGGAGCCGUGGCUCUUUUGCUACACAGAAAGAUGCCAGACUUUUGGACGGGUUCCAUCUUGGUUGCACCCAUGUGUAAGAUUGCAGAUGACAUGAAGCCACCUGCACCAGUUACUUUUAUUCUCAAAGGGAUUGCCUGGUUGGUUCCAACUUGGAAAUCAUUGAUAAAAAAAGACAUUGUUCAAAUUGCAUUUAAAGAGCCUGAAAUAAGACAAGAGAUUAGAAAGAACCCAUAUUGCUACAAAGGCCCACCUCGACUGAAAACCGCCAGUGAGCUUUUGCGGGUUAGCUUGGAUAUUGAGCAAACACUAAAUGAGGUUACACUUCCAUUUAUAGUUCUCCAUGGCGAAGAUGAUAAAGUGACUGAUCCACAAGUAAGCAAACAACUUUUCAAUGCAGCUUCAAGCAAAGACAAGACCCUAAAGCUGUACCCUGGAAUGUGGCAUGGUCUGCUCUAUGGAGAACCAUUAGAAAACAUCAAUAUCGUGUUUUCAGACAGUAUCAGAUGGUUAGAGGACAGAACUAACCUCGGAGAUUCAAGGUUGGAGACGCAGAAGAAGGUUGAGUACGAUAAUUUGUAUUUGAACAGGAAGAAGAACAAACUUUAG